GGAAAACCGGGCAGACCGGGGAAACCGGGACCGUCGGGACCGCCCAGAGAACCGGAGCUGCCAGGGCCGCCGGGGGCGCAGGGAGAAGCGGGAAGACCGGGACUCCCGAGAUUACCGGGCCCGGGGGCUACGGGAGCGGUGAGCACAACCAUCUACAGCACAGAGGCGAGGGUCACCUUCUACGCCGGGCUCAAGAACUCCCACGAGGGCUACGAGGUGCUCAAGUUCGACGAUGUGGUCACCAACCUAGGCAACAGCUAUGACGCUGCCCUGGGUAAGCUCACCUGCGCCAUCACCGGCACCUACUUCACCUACCACGUCCUCAUGCGUGGCAGCGACGGCACCAGCAUGUGGGCAGACCUCUGCAAGAACGGGCAGGUCCUGGCCAGCGCCAUCGCGCAGGACGCCGACCAGAACUACAACUACGUUACUUGUAACAGCGUCAUCCUGCACCUUGACGCGGAGGACGAGGUGUUCAUCAAGCUGGACGGGGGCAAAGCCCACAUCGGCAACAACAACAAGUACAGCAACUUCUCUGGCUUCGUCAUCUACUCGGACUGAGCCUGGACCCACAGCAUCGCCCCGGGCACCCCUCUGACCCCCCAGCCCCACGGCAUCACCCCCAGCAGCCCCCAAUGCCCCAGCCCCACAGCAUCCCUCUGCCGCAGUUCAGCCCCACGGCACCCUCUGAAUCCCCAU